AUGGCUAAAUCGAUGAAUAUUCAUUUGCUGACAGAAGCUUCGAACGUCAUUGGUCUCACGGAGUUGCGUCUCAUCCUCGGAUUCACACCGUCCGUUCCAUGGAAUCAUCGCCAACGGCAGAGUAAAGAAGAGCUCGUAUCAUCUACAAGUAUUAAGGAUUACUACGAAUUGAAGGAGCCAAUACUCGUGUUACAUGGUCCAGAGUAUGAGUUUCUACUCGAGAAACACUUAAAGCCCGCCAUCGCCUUCAUUGAUAAACGAUUCCCGAGUAUUCGUGUCAUUUAUCGGGAGUUUCUUGGAGAAAGUAUUCGUACUUGCAAAGGAGAAAUCGACAGAAAUGCAGUUGAUUUAAUGAUUGAAGAAUACUAUUAUAUUUACCAACGUGUGAGAAAGGCGGUCGAUGAAGUGCGAUUUGAUAAUAACUGCCCUUCUAGUUUUAUAAAAGAAUGA